AUGGCGCAAAUGGAAUUCCGUGCUCUCUACGUGAUUAUAGCAUGUACCGUAUUUUUUACGAGCAAAUCAAUUCAGGUAAACGUCGAAAACGAUCAACGAGCUCCCGUCGUGCAGACCAAGUCUGGUGCUGUUGUUGGGGAAAUUGAAACCUUUCCACACAGCAAAGCAGUGUACCAGUAUCUUGGUAUUCCGUAUGCUGAACCUCCGGUCGGCGAACUGAGGUUUGCUGCUCCAAAACCGGCAAAACCUUGGUCAAAAAUAAUGGAUGCUACAGAAUUCGGUGCAAUAUGCCAGCAGAACAGACUAUUAUUGGAUAUUUUAAAAGUGGUAGGAGGUUUUGACGACUAUCUAAAAACAGGUAUUUUUAUGGUCUUAAGUUAACUCUUUGCUAUCUUUUAAUAUUCUCUCUUGAUUCUCCAUUUUCCUCUAUCGAGCAAGCUGUUCAUGGUCAAUCAAGUGUGACAGCAUGAUUUAUUGAAGUAGAUCACGUUGAGUUGUCAAACACGAUUCCAUGUUUUAAAAGGCGCUGUAAUAUGGGCAACAAAAACCAGCAACUUGCUUUUGCUCUUUUUGCUCAGCUUUGUGAAAUUGCUGCAAAACGAGUUGAAAGGGAUGUUGUUCGUUUCACAACCCAAGUUAAAGCCUGUCUCGCAACAAAUAAAGGGAGUUUGACUAAUGGUAGCAGGUCGCGGGUCGCGGGUCCAAAGUCGGGGUCACGGGUCCAGUGUCGUGGUCGCGGGUCCAAUGUCGCAGUCGCGGUCGCGGGUCCAAUUUCGCGGCGGGGGGGAAAUGAUUUGGGGUUCGAGGUAACUGAGUGAAAACGACUGAUAUGAAAACAAUAUAAAGGGAAAAAAUCUUUUUUUAUACACGAUACUCUAAGGUAGCCAAUUUACAGGUUAUGGAUGUUAGAGUCAACAAAAUAAUGUCUCAAGAAAAGACCUUACCAUAAGUUACCAUUGUUUUCUUCUUGUCUAUGAAUUGCUCACAAAUACUUAGGGGUUCAUUUACUAAAAAAUAUGCGAUACACUUCACAGACUACAAAUUAUAAACGUUACAACAACUUUACACAUAACUGGGCCCCAUAGAAAGAAAACAAAAUGAACUUCCAGUGAACACAAAAGUCGACCAGCUUUUUCUUUUAGGUCUUUUCUUGAGACAUUAUUUUGUUGACUCUAACAUCUGUAACCUGUAAAUUGGCUACCGUAGAGUAUCGUUUAUAAGAACGUUUUUGUUCCCUUUAUAUUUUUUUCGUAUCAGUCGUUUUUACCUCGAACAAUAAAGCUGGCACUUGACUGCUUUCCAUUCGACUUACAUGUAAAAUUGUUAAAAUGCACUUGAAAUUUCUUUAGCCACGUUUUUCAUCGAGGAAGAACAAUUUUGUUUAGUUACCACUCAAUAAAACAGUGGCUUGUAAUGGUGACCUGUGGAAUGAGACCGCAGAAUGAAAGCUCUCCACUUUCUACUGAAAACCUUUGUCAUGCGUUCAGCCCUAAGAACAUCUACGUAUGGGGCCAAAGCGAAGCCCGGGGAACCUAGUUAGUGUGAUAAUGCCCCACGGACCCAUAGCCACAAAAGUCAUUGCCUUCUAGAUCCCACAAAAAGAGAAUCUUGGGAGGCUAUACAGACAAGUGUUCAACCACUUAAAUAAUGUUCUUUCUAACUGAAAUCAUUUAGCAAAGAUGAGUGAAGAUUGCCUUUCUCUCAACGUGUUUGUGCCUUCAAAUAUCAAACCCUCUGAGAAGAUAGCGGUCAUGGUGUGGAUUCAUGGCGGUGGAUUCGUAACAGGAAGUUCCGGCUUUACCCCUGGUGCGGUCCUGGCUUCCUUUAACGAUGUCAUUGUUGUAUCCAUUAACUACCGUCUAGGGGUGUUUGGCUUCUUCAAUGUUCCAGGGACUAACUUAAAAGGAAAUUAUGGAAUGCUGGACCAGGUAAACAGUUUCAUCGGUUAUAUUUGCGUAAGGCAAUUAGAUGAAGAGAAAGUCCAGUGUACGCCUGACUUUCUAAAUUCGCAGUCCCCUAUUUUAAUUCUUCCUGGUAAGCACGUUUAUUUAUUUAUUUAUUUAUUUAUUUUUUCAAUUUAAAACCAACAGGUGUUGGCAUUAAAGUGGGUUAAAAAUAACAUUGCCAGUUUUGGCGGAGACCCUAACAGAGUGACCAUAUUUGGCGAGAGCGCUGGAGGAAUGAGUGUUUCUCUUCAUUUACUCUCGCCACUGUCCAAAGGUUUGUUUGACAGGGCCAUCCUGCAGAGUGGCGCUUCCUCGACUCCUCUUUUCUGUGGAAAAGUUUCCAACACAGCGCAGUUGGAGUUAUUUGCUAAGUACAUAAAAUGUGAUUUGGGGCAAGACUUUGUUCAAUGCGUUCGUGGCAAGUCCGUUGAGGACAUUUUAACGACGCAGAAGUUAUUCACUUUGGAUAACUUUGACAGGCGUCGGACACAGGAUUUUGUAGCUCCUGUAGUAGAUGGAAGAUUGUUACCAGAUCUCCCUGAAACUCUUUUUAAAGCAGGUAAAUUCCAAAAAGGAGUCGAUGUCAUAACCGGUUUAACCUCGAAUGAAGGAGGCGUGUUUGCAAUGAUACGGCCACCAAGCCAGUUUAAGGAUGGUUUGGAAAAAGAUGUGUUUGAAAAUAUCGUGAGAACUCAGACACUAUAUCAUCGAGAAAAGAGCGAAAUCAUGGAAGAUCUUAUAUUGUUCCAGUAUACCAACCAUACAAUUCCUCAGGAUAAAAAUGCCAUUCGACAAUCGAUGUUGGAAAUUUGGGGAGAUUCAGCCUUUGGCGCACCUGCCAUGUUGGAGGCUCAAUCACUGGCAAAGGUAAGAUUUGGAUUACCUAGCGCGCGUUUAUAAACAUCUUCAGGAUCACUUAACUUCUUCCGGUUGGUCGUUACAAAUGCACGGCUCAAUCCAUAAAAACUCCAUAACGGAACAGAUAUUUAGUAAGAAUGGGAGGGGUUGAGGAACUCAAUUGUCUCAUUUUAAUCACCAACAUACAUAUUUCACUUUUGUUCAGAUAAGAAGGAAAUACAAAUAAAGGUUUAACAAAAAUCAAGACAACCAAGGAAAUGAAUAAAAAUGUGGUUCAGCCAGGAUCAAACCAGGCUUCCACCAAUGCCCAGGUUCGGAAGUAGGGAGCUGGUUUGGGCUGAAAAAAAAAAAAGGAUAAGAAGCUCGAAUUUUUCAAAUCUUCGGUGAUCACGGGUCACAAAAACGACCGGCUUGAGGCAUUUGUGUAAUAUUCCUUCAGAAAGGGAUAUUAUAAUUAUUUUCUGUUUCUGUUUCAUUUAACAGAGUGGAGGGUCCACAUACAUGUACGUGUUCAAUCAUCGCGCAAAACAUUCAUCUUUGGCUGAUUGGACUGGCGUUAUUCAUGGUGCGGAAAUCCCAUUUCUGUUUGGAGCACCUUUCAAGAACAUACCUGAUCCUUGGAGCAACUCCAUUGCAACAAAGUAUUCCGAAACAGAAAAGGGACUAAGUUUGUACGUUAUGAAACUCUGGACGAACUUCGCCAAGCACGGGUAAGGACACCUAAAAAUAAUUCAUUAUCAUUCAGUGAUCUCAAGGUUAGAUUAUAUACUAUCAAGGUGCGUCAAGGACAUUGAUGAUCAUGAUGUAGAGUAAGGCCCAUAUCAGCUGUAUCUGUACGCCGUAGAUCUUUUUUAUCAUAAUACACUGCAGAAUGUCUCCUUCAACAUUCAUUCAACAUUUGUUACAAAUCUUUCCUGACGAUACAUGUAUAAUUCUAAUCAUCGACUAAUCAUCCUUUGAGGCCUUUAAGUUCUUCGUAUUAAGGCAUUCAUUCUCUCCUUUCGUUUCCUCCCUCAUGGAACUAGCCACAUAAUGAAAACACCGCGCGUUUAUAAGCCGGUUGAUCACUCCACCCAAUUACAGUCAAUACAUUCACGACACACAAUAGACUAAGUUCCGCGAUGUUUGAACACACUUGCCUUGAUGUCUUUCUUUAGUACUCCAAAUCCACCUGACGUUGGCCCUACAGCCAUCACGUGGCCUGUAUUUACAGAAGAAGAACAGGAGUAUCUAGUCCUCGACAUGAAACCGAGGGUGGAGCGUAGGUACAAGGCAAAAAACAUGGCAUUUUUGGAAUCAAAUGAUUCCAAAAAUGGCAAAGAUUGUGACAGAUGA